UUCGUGAAAACAAAAAAUAGGAAAAAUUAUUAUUAAAUACUCAUUUUAUAUAAUUUGAAUAUAAAAAUUUCAUGUAUUCACAAUUAAAAGUUUCAAUUUUUCGCCUAUCUUCUAUGAGUAAUGGAAAAUAACACUUUAAAUGACUUGUCUGAGGAUAUAAUGUCCCGUUUUGAGAACGAACCAGAAUUAGGAAUAAUGGCUCACAAUGAAAUAUUUCCACAUGAUGAAAAUAUUUUUGGUGAUACGGAGGAAGACAGUGAACCAGAUGAUAUCAUUGUAUUGCAUAUGGAUAUUAGAGAGCCUCUGAGUAGCUUACGAGUUAUUUUAGAAAGAAAAGUAGGAAUGGAGUUAAAAAACUACUCAUUUUGGUUACAGGAUGCGCAAAUGCUGGAGCCACAUAAAAAUUUGGUUGAUCAAUGUGUGAAAGGUGAAGGUUUAGUCCAAGUCAACGUUCAAAUACAAACUAUUAAUCAAAGAAUAAAUAUUGUGGAUGUUCUAAAACCUACUGAAGAUGCACUUGCUGAAAUAGAUUCGUGCUCUGAAAUUCAAAGAAAAACUUUUGAAGAAAAAAAUGAAGAGCUAAAAUCAUGUGAGAAAGAAUGUGUUAAAACGGAAAUGAAUAAAACUGUUAAGAACAUAAAGGAAGAUGGAAAACUAGAUGUACAGCCACCAAAUAAAAAGGCGAAAAAAGAGGGGCCUGUAGUUAAUUGGAUUUUAGAUACUAAGUACAAAAAAGAGCAAAAUCGUUUGAAAAUACCAGAAGAUCCCAAUGAAUGGACACCUCGCCAAGUACAGCAUUGGUUGUAUUGGGCAAUACAGCAAUUUAACUUGACAGAAAUUAAUUUAUCUGAUUGGGAUAUGGAUGGAAAAGAGUUGUGUGCACUAACAUUAGAAAAAUUUAAUAAAAUUGCGCCACGAGAUCCGGGGAAUGUUUUUUGGACACAUUUAGAACUUUUAAGGCAAUGCAAAUUUGUUGCUGUUAUUCAAAAAGGUCCACUUGCUAAUCCAUCCCAGAAUCAAAAAAAAGAUUUAACGGAAAGUACUGGAGAUCAAUCGAUUAUGAGAAAAACUCAUAAAAUAUUAAAAAAGCCUGUAACGUUAGUUAAAACUCUAGAUGAUCAAACUUUAGCUCUAGAACCUUAUUCGAAUCGAUCGGGCAACAAUGGGCAAAUCCAACUAUGGCAAUUCUUAUUAGAUAUUCUGACUGACAAAGAACAUGUUUCUAUUAUACAAUGGUUAGGGACGGACGGCGAGUUCAAACUGAUAGAUCCAGAGAAAGUUGCUCAAUUAUGGGGAGAAAGAAAAAACAAACCAGCAAUGAAUUACGAGAAAUUAUCUAGAGCAUUGCGUUAUUAUUACGAUGGAGAUAUGAUUUCGAAAGUUCACGGGAAAAGAUUUGUUUACAAAUUUGUUUGCGAUCUAAAAUUUUUAAUUGGAUAUAAUGCAGAAGAGCUGUCACAUUUAGUAGGAAAUGCUGCUCAUAAAUCUCCCUCCAAAUCUUUUGAUUAUAAUUUUAUUUUGUAAAUUUAAUAAUAUAUGUAUACAUGUACAUAAUAUCAGUUUCAUUUUAAGCAAUUUAGUGUAAAAAUAAAUUUUAAUUUUUGAUUUAAAAUAGUUAUGUAAAAUAAACUAUUUUAAAAUUUAAA